UAUUGAAGAAGAAAGAUUGAAGAGGCCAAGGAUAAUGAGUUCAGCAAGAUUUAUCAAAUGUGUCACUGUUGGGGAUGGAGGAGUGGGGAAGACAUGUAUGCUCAUUUCUUACACCAGCAAUAUCUUUCCGACGGAUUAUGUACCCACAGUUUUUGACAACUUCAGUGCUAAUGUGGUGGUGGAUGGUAGUACUGUCAAUCUUGGCUUAUGGGACACUGCAGGACAGGAAGAUUAUAACAGGCUUAGGCCUCUGAGUUACAGAGGAGCUGAUGUGUUUUUGCUGUCAUUCUCCCUUAUCAGCAAGGCCAGCUAUGAGAACAUCCACAAAAAGUGGAUACCUGAACUGAGACAUUAUGCUCCCAAUGUACCAAUUCUUCUUGUGGGAACAAAACUUGAUUUGAGAGAAGACAGGGAGUUCUUGAAUGAUCAUCCAGGAGCAACACCAAUUACUACUGCUCAGGGAGAGGAAUUGAAGAAAAUGAUUGGUGCAGCCGGCUACAUUGAGUGUAGUGCCAAGACUCAACAGAAUGUGAAGACUGUGUUUGAUGCUGCAAUUAAGGUUGCUUUGAGGCCACCAAAUCCGAAGAAAAAACCAUGCAAGCCCAGAACUUGUGCAUUCCUUUAAUAUCAAGAAAAAUGUUAGGGAUCCCGGAUUCCCGAUAAAUGGGAUUCCAAAAUCAUCCCAUUAGUCGAUAUUGUCUCUUGAUUUAUGUAAGUGUAGAGACCCACAAAACCUAGUGAUUGAACUAGUGAGUAACACAUAUACUAUUGGGAUGAUUGAGAUCCCAUUUAUUGGGAUCUCUAUCACUUCUGUAAUAUCAAUAUGGUUGUAUUAUUCAUAUUUGUCUUACCAUUUUUCUUAUUCUCUCACAAAUGCAACCCAACAUUAUAUUCAA